CGUCAGCGCGCGCGCUCGCUCCGCUCCGUGUCUUCCCGGGCUCUGCUGACCUCGGACGAGCCCCGCCGAGGGUGAUGCUCUGAGCACCAUCUCCCUGGGUAGUUGCGCCUCUCAGUGCACUCGGACGUCCCCGGCCGAAGCAGCCAGGGGAAGUUGUCUUGUGAGCCCGCGGCCCCUGGGUCUCCUCCCCCUGAGCCCCGCCCUCCGCCCGCCGCGGGGACCGCAGAGCCGCCCGGCCCGGGGGCGUCGCCGCUAGCGCUCCCGAGCCCGCGGAGCCCACGGAGCCAGUGCAGACGGCGAGCGUCCGUUUCCCUGCAAGCAGCGCUUGUAGCCCGGAGGCCCAGGGACCCCUGCGCUCCCCCGCCACGGCGCGCGCCCAGAGCGCGGGAGCCCGUAGCACCGGGCGCCUGGGACCCCGCGCAGCCUCUGGCCAGCCCGCGGGGCUAGGCAGGGAUGUGGGCUGCACUGUGAGCCCGGGCGCCAGGGCCAUGGCCGGCUCCCGCUGCCGGACCCUGUACCCCUUUUCCGGGGAGCGGCACAGCCAGGGACUACGCUUUGCUGCGGGCGAGUUGCUCACGCUGCUCCAGGUCCCGGACGGCGGUUGGUGGGAAGGCGAGAAGGACGACGGGCUCCGUGGCUGGUUCCCCGCCAGCUACGUGCAGCUGCUGGAGAAGCCUGGGAUGGUCCCCCCUCCGCCGGGAGAGGAGAGCCAGACUGUCAUCCUUCCACCUGGCUGGCACAGCUACUUGUCUCCUCAGGGCCGCCGUUACUAUGUCAACACGACUACCAAUGAGACCACCUGGGAACGGCCCAGCAGUUCUCCUGGGAUUUCAGCCAGCCCUGGCCCUCACAGGAGCUCUCUGCCUACAACAGUGAAUGGAUACCACGCAUCAGGGACCCCGGCGCACCCUCCAGAGACUGCCCACAUGAGUCUCCGAAAAUCCACCGGUGAUUCCCAGAACCUGGGGUCCUCGUCGCCGAGCAAGAAACAGAGCAAGGAAAACACCAUCACAAUAAACUGUGUGACAUUCCCUCACCCAGACACAAUGCCUGAACAACAGCUGCUCAAGCCGACUGAGUGGAGCUAUUGUGACUACUUCUGGGCGGAUAAGAAGGACCCACAAGGCAAUGGCACGGUGGCUGGGUUUGAACUGCUGCUGCAGAAGCAACUGAAAGGCAAGCAGAUGCAGAAAGAAAUGUCUGAGUUCAUCCGGGAAAGGAUAAAGAUUGAAGAGGAGUAUGCAAAGAACCUGGCUAAGCUCUCUCAGAACUCCCUGGCUGCCCAGGAGGAAGGAUCCCUGGGAGAGGCAUGGGCCCAAGUGAAGAAGAGCCUGGCAGAUGAGGCUGAAGUUCAUCUCAAGUUCUCCGCCAAGCUCCACAGCGAGGUGGAGAAACCACUCAUGAACUUCCGCGAGAACUUCAAGAAGGACAUGAAAAAGUGUGACCACCACAUUGCUGACCUCCGCAAGCAGCUGGCCAGCCGCUAUGCCUCAGUGGAGAAGGCCCGCAAAGCCCUCACAGAGCGGCAGAAGGACCUGGAGAUGAAGACCCAGCAGCUGGAGAUCAAGUUGAGCAACAAGACUGAGGAGGACAUCAAGAAGGCGCGGCGGAAGUCCACUCAGGCUGGAGAUGACCUCAUGCGCUGUGUGGACCUCUACAACCAGGCCCAGUCCAAGUGGUUUGAAGAGAUGGUGACCACCACACUGGAGCUGGAGCGGCUAGAGGUGGAGAGGGUGGAGAUGAUCCGACAACAUCUGUGUCAGUACACACAGCUGCGCCAUGAGACAGACAUGUUUAACCAAAGCACAGUCGAGCCCGUGGACCAACUGCUGCGAAAAGUGGACCCAGCCAAAGACCGGGAGCUCUGGGUCCGAGAGCACAAAACAGGCAAUAUUCGCCCAGUGGACAUGGAAAUCUAGACCUGCCUGUGUGGUCCUGGGGGUUCUGCUGAGGAGAGGGGCGGGGGGUCCCAUGGAGAAGGGGUGGAUCUGCCCUAUUACCUGCUGACCUAUCCACAGAGAAGGAGGAAAAGAGCCGGUGAUGCCAGAAAGAGGGCCUAGCCAGGGGCUCCCCAAUAUUCCCAGGCCAUAAAGGUGGACUCACAGCCCUGACUCCAUCUUGAAGAUUGAAGCCUCCCCUCCAACUCCCACGCUGUGCUUGUCACUCUGAGAACAAACUGAGGCUAGAGCCCUGGGAUCUCCCUGCUGAGUUCCAAUGGGGUGGCCAUCAUCACAUGCCUGUGCCCCAGGGAUCCAGGGCAUGUCCCUCCAGCUGACUUCUCAUUUCCAGGGCAACAGGAAGAGGAAGAGAGGGAGGUCUCUGUCCCUAAACAAUGUCAGGACCGGAAUCAAGGAUAGGAGGCACAGAAUAGCUCACAGCCCACACCCACAACGUUUUUCACCCCUCCCUACUUUCUUUCAUUACAUUCCGAGAGCUCGUAUCUAUUUUUUUCAUCCCCCACACAGGGCGGGGUGGGGGGUAUCUUCUCAACCCAACUCUGGAGAGGUCAGGACAGAACUACCUCAGUUGGCACCCCCAGAUCAUGGCUCCCAUCAGUUUCCGAUCAGACAUUAGCUGUAAAGUCUACCACAGAAGACUCAACCUGCCCUCCCUUUCAGCCUCUUUCUCAAGGAGGAAGCUCCCCACUCUCACCCUGACACCCCUUCCCAGACUCAACAGAAAAUGUUUCCAAAGUCCUCAGAUAGCUGUGUGCAUGUCCAAAGGCUUUGUGGGUGGGGUCUCGGAAAAAUCUAAUCUGCAACAUGCCCACUGCCUCUCAACACUAUGACAACCUUGUCCCCAGCUCUCCCAGGCUGCUGACCACAUGACCAGGUCCUGUGGGAUGGCAGUCAGGGUCAGCCUAGGCUAUUCUCUGAUGGGUCUAGCUGUUUAUGUACAUGAUGGUGUAGGAACUGAUGUCCUCCUUACUGACGUUGGACAGCAGUGCAGACUCUGAGGCUGUAGGUCAUUGCCACUAGGAGAAGGAACGUUGGGAAGUCACAUAGUGAGCAGAGGGCCGGAUUCUAGCUGGGAACUUGUCCCUGGGAGGUCAUCCUUCUUCAUCUUUCCCACAGGCGACUUAAUAUUUGACUUGUCUGUCUCCUCCAAGGGAAGAAUCCUUUGAGCACAGCCCACAUCUUUUAGUCUUUCGUGCUAAUAACAGACAAUUUACUAAUCUCGAUCCUUUUUGGCACCUCGUCUACAGAACCUUUCAUGUUUCUUAGAAGGGUGCCUAAUACAUUAAAACAAACUAAGCAUCGUCACUUUUCUUACUGAAAUAUCUCAACCAUAAAGGCCAUCAUGAGGACAUUUCGCCAACCUGUGCUCUGUAUUCCAGAACUCGGCAUGAACCAUGACACCAGCUGUCAAUAUUUGGAUAUUAUUUCCUGGUUUCUGUAUUAAAAAUGGGUGCUGUGGUUUGGCAACCUAAUUUGUGAGUGAUGGUCAAAUUCCAAGUCUUGUCAUUCAUAGGGGUUUGGGGUACCACAAUGUGGCUCAUGACUUUGUUCCCUUCCCCCUAUCCAAAGGGUUCAAAGUUGUCACUUCCUCCAGCAUAACCCCAGUUGGCUGAUGUGAGCCAAUUUAUUCUGAGGCCAUUCCUUCUCCAUGGCCACCUCACCUCCUUUUUAGUCUAUCCGUAUAUAGACUUUCUCCUAUUGUUCAUUCAGGAAGCAUUUUGUUAUAGACAAGCAAUGUAUCAUCAAUCUGAGGACAGGCUACAGCUCUGCCAUCCAAACAAGCCCUCAGACCUGUGUUAUGUAGA